AUGGCAGAUGGUUUGGGAGGGUACAGAGAUGUGGCAGGAAGGGAGGCGGCCGCUAUCGCAGGUGGGGAGGCGGCGGCCGACGAAGGUGGGGAGGGGGCGGCCGGCGCAGGUGCGGAGGCGGCUGCCGCCGUAGGUGCAGCAGGUGCGAAGGCGGCCGCUGCCGUAGGUGCGAAGGCGGCCGCUGCCGUAGGUGCGGAGGCGGCCGCUCCAGGUUAA